UUUAUUUGUUUUGUUUUAAGCUAAACAAAUUCAUGAAGAUCUCCAAGAUAUGCUGUAUUUUUUUAUUUUAAAAAAGAGUAUUGAAGACUUGUUUGUCAAGUGUCUGUUUAAAAAAAAAUCAAGACUUUUUUUUUUCUUCUAGGAUAUAUGUAUGGAAUUGAAAGUCAAGGCAAGCAUCACAUUUACUUUUAUUUAAGGGUUAGAGGUUCUCCAUCUUUCUUUCUUUCUUUAUUUUGUACUUCUACCCAAAGGGUGAAAAAAAUAUGAUUGAAAAAAAUAAAUCAAACAAGAAAUACACAAUAGUCUACAGAAGUAUACUAUAAUGGGAAAUCUUGUAAGCAAAACAUAAAAACUAAUGGCAAAACUGUACAAUAAGGAGCCAUUAGUGAUCACGACAAUGAAAUUACUUUAAAGCAUUUUUUCAUAUUUUGUUAUGUUUAUUUUAACAUUUACUAAUAGAUUAUUAUGGGUUAAUUUUAACUAAUACAUUAAAUAACGUUGUCUAAUUAUGAAGUUUUACCAGGUUUGAAGGGCUUCCGUAGGUUGCGCGCUCUUCUCCCUGUGCGUCGGUUACCACAGCAACCAGUGAGCUUGUGCGCGUUUCCGUGGCCGCCUCGCAAGUAACAACAACCAGCUUCUACAGUGACCGAAUACUCUUUAAAUCACGUAAACUGUUUUAUAUCUCCAAAAUCGGAGUUUUGUAAAAAUGCGGCGCACACAUUAUUUCACGCCGAAGGAGGUAUCCCUUCACAACACUCUCAAAGACAUAUGGGUGUCGUACCUGGGCAAAGUCUACGAUCUCACACCGCUGCUGGAGGAAUACAAAGGUGAUGUGUUGUUGAAACCUAUCACAGAGUAUGCAGGAAAGGACAUCAGUCACUGGUUUGACCCAAAGACAAAAGAUAUUCUAACACAUGUUGACCCCUUGACUGGCUGCAUUAAAUACUACACCCCUAGGGGGCGCUUUUUACACAUACCCCCUCCCUGCCCUCGCACUGACUGGGCCAAUGAUUUUGGGAAGCCGUGGUGGAAGGAUAACCGUUACGAGGUUGGGCUGCUGUCUGUCAAAACACGCUGGAUCCGCAUUAUCAACACUUUAACCUCCCAGGAGCAGAGGCUGGAGGUUUGCUCGGAGGAGACUCUGAAUGAGAUUCUCCAGCGAUACCUGUGCUACAAUUCCCAUGCAGCAAGCUACACCUGGAAGCACAAUGGCGUAAAUUUGGACAUGAGCAAGACCCUGAGUGAAAACGGCAUCCCUGAAGAGGAUGAGUUUUACUGCGGAAGCCCAGAGUGUGACCUCUUCUCUCCAUCCAUAUGUCUGUAUUUCAACGACGACCUCACUGAACUCUAAAAAACGCAAUACGAACAAUGGCAUAUAAUUCAUUUCAAUAUCCACUGCAAGCCAUUUUGAGCGAGAAGAAUACACCACAUCAACUAUUCAUGUGUUCAGUGUUUCAUCGAUUCCUGUCUGUGGUUAUCUUAUUGCAGCUCUGGGCUUCAUCCAAUCAAAUGCUGAGCAACAGAAUAAAAAUGAUUAAUGCCAGCCUACAUAAUAACCCCCUGAACCAUUAAGUCUGGUGGUUGCCAUGGUAAUUGCUCGGAGGAAAUGCUGUAGCUACUGUAUUGUAGGCCCCAGCAGGCUCUCAACCCUAAUUAAGUAGCAUUAUAUAUGUAUGCAUGUACACAGAAAUGAUUUCAUGCAGCCAACAUUUCAAUUUAAUCACUGCUUUAUGAGACUAUGCCACUAACAUCUACAAACGUGCAUCUUUUUCUAAGCAGUUUAAUUUGCCUGUGCACUGUUUUCUUGGUCUAAAUUUUUAGGAAGCUUUUCUUUUCUUUAGAAAAGAACAUCUAGAACAUUGGCUCUCAUCCAGAGGGGCCGGGGCCCACCAGGGGGCCUAGAGAUUGCUUAAAAUGAUUUAAAAUAUGCUUUAAAUAUUUCUAAGACCUGGAAAAGUCAUGGACAUUUUUAAAAUUGUCAAGCUCAAAAAUAUUGUACAGGGUAGAGACUGCUGAGAAAUCAUUAUUUGCGUGUAAAAAGGUUGAGAACUGCUGAUGUAAUCUAUACCAACCAAACAUUAAAAAACUAAAUUAGA